AACAGAAUCCUUUCUCAUAGCAUGUCUGGUAGUAGCAAAAUGGCUUCACCGUACUUGGAGAAUCCUGUAGACAUCGGAGCCCAAAUUAUACAAAGGGCUUUACGCAGGGAAAGAGUUUUAAGAGAUAAACAAAACCCACUGGCAUUCUCUGAUGAGCACUUAUACGAGAGAUACAGGUUUUCGGCGGAGGGAAUAUUAUAUCUAUGUCGGCUUCUUGAGCACCAUAUUAAAAACCCGACGCGACGAAGCCACGCGACCACUGUCCCUCAAAUGAUUUGUAUUGCUUUGCGUUUCUUUGCAAGUGGCACAUAUCUAUAUGAGGUGGGCGAUGCCGAAAAGCUCAGCAAAAACACAGUUUGCCGAACUAUUCGUAGGGUGGUUAUCGCACUCCAGAGAUACAUAAACACUUUCAUUGUGUUCCCUGGACAUUUACCCACCGUGACCAUAAAAGAGGGCUUCUCUAAAAUAGCUGGAUUCCCUAGAGUUAUUGGAGCAAUAGAUUGCACGCACAUUCCAAUCUCUACACCAACAAAACAAAUUGAGGCUGAUUAUCUCAACAGAAACGCUACUCAUAGCCUCAACGUUCAGAUGACUUGUGACCAUCAGUGUAUGAUCACAAAUCUGGAUGCCAGAUGGCCUGGCUCUAUGCUGGACACCAAGAUUUUUGAGGAAUCGUUGUUAUGCCAGCGCUUUCAAGAAGGGCUGUUUGAUGGCCUGCUGGUUGGAGACAGAACUUACGCUUGUCAAAGUUUUUUAAUGACUCCCCAUCCUGACCCUGAUACAAAAUCACAACAUGACUUUAACAUGGCCCUCAGUCAAACCAGGCUCAAGAUAGACAUGACUUUGGCCAUUUUAAAGGCACGGUUCAACUGUCUUUGUGACCUAAGAGUAUCACCAGAGCGGGCAUCUCAGAUGAUAGGUGCCUGUGUUAUCCUCCACAACAUAGCCACUAUAAGGAAGGAGCGGGUGCCAAAUGAAUAUCAACUCCCACCUGAUGAUAUUGAGCCUUUCACAGAGGACCGUCCAUCUGGCAGAGCUGUCAGAGAUGCAAUCACAGCAGAAUAUUUCACUAAGCAUUGAGUUAAAGCAAAAUGACCCACAUGUUUACACAUAUUCCUUAACUGCCUUUCAUGUUAAGACAAACAUAUUUCAUAUGUGACCCUGGACCACAAAACCAGUCUUAACUCUCUUGGGGUAUAUUUUUUAGCAAUAGCC